CCGCUCCGCGCGGGGGGGGGCCCCCUACAGUGAAUUUAGUUUUGUAGUAGUUUACUACACAGCUAAGUUCACAUGUUCGAAUCUCUAUUCGUACAAAAUUGAUUUUGUGUUUUUCGAUAGUUUUAGUUUAGAAUACUAUAACGGAAUAUUUUCCGCUUGUAUUCUGACAGAAUAAAGCUUAUAUCAAAGAAUAUAUUUUAUUCUCAUCUAUGACGAUACAAGUUUCUUUGUUGGAAAAAACUAAUUCAUGCGAGGAAGUCAUCAUGACGUAUAAUAAAAUGACGACAGGAGAAAGAAAAUACCAAGCUAUUUUACCUGCAAAUUUUUUCUGCACCUAAACUGGUACGACGAUCGGAGACAGUGUUUUUGAUAGACGAGAACAUUCGUUCUACUUCUGUAUUUGAUGCAGGAAUAGCGAGAAUUUCUCGAGCAAUGGAUGAUAUCAUUGGAUAUGCUUGUUGAUGUGUUCUCCAAUAGUCUAAAACAUCUUCCCCUCCAUCUUCAUCAAUAGUUGUGGUUGAGUUCAUGUAUUCGAGCGAAAAAAAAUUUCGGGAUUUAACGGGAUUGUAAUUAUGCCUAUGGGACGGGAUCGGACUUGGGAUUAAGUCUACGGGACAGAAUAGGGAUUAUCGAAAAGAAUUUUUCGGGAUCGCGACCGGGUUUCAAUCCUACGGGACGGGACCGGGAUCGGGACGAAAAAACUCAAUCCCGCAGGGCUCUAGUGAGGAUCGAUGAAGAUUAAACAAACAGUGAUUACAGUUAGAUAUGAGUUGUGAAAUAAUAUAGAAAAAGCUCUCACACUCUACCAAGUUUAUUUAGAAUAAAAUUGUAUCGUUAUGCAUUAUACUUUUAACAAAUGUACUCUUAGUGAAUGCUUGUGUCGUACAUGCGCCCAAAUGUCGUUCACGCUCAAGCAUCAAUAAUCUCUUCUUUCUAUCUAUUAACUACUAUUUUGUUAUCCAUCAUUUUAUGACUGACUAAUGAAUAUACAAUUACUUUGUUUAUUUUUAUAGGCGCUAGAUUUAUAGUUAAGAAAGUAAAAUGAAAUAUUUCAAAUUUAAAUGGAAUAUGUCAAAUUAUAUGGCGAGUGUAAUUUUUCUCUUUUAUAUCGGAAUAAUGUUACUGAUAUUUCUUAUGAUCAAGCUAAUAUUUCCAACAGCUAUCGAACUGUCACUAUUCUAUUACUGGCGCUAUGAAGACAUUUUUAAUGGCCUCUUAAGAUCAUGGCCAAUAUUUCUUUGGGGUUUCAUUAUUACUUUAGUCCCUCUGAUGCUGUGCACACAAGAAACCUUAGAAACCGAGAAUAUUAUUUAUGCAGCAUACGCGAGUGACGAAUCAACAUUAUUUCAAUGUUUUAUUGACAGCUUAUUAAUUGGAAUAACAGAAGAAAUACAAUAUCGCUGGUUAUUCUUCUAUUCAAAUAUUGUGGCAAGCAAGAUAACAAAUUUCUUUUCUUUUGGAGGGUCUGAAUUCGUUUACUUUAAUGUAGAGGCGCCGAUCAUAAAUAAACUAUUCUUUAAUAGAUUGAGAUGGUUAUUGUACGAUCAAGUCCACUGGUCAAUUGGAUCAGCUGCAAUAAUUGCAAAUGGAAAAUUUCGAGAUGCACAUUUGUAUCUCGGAUUAUUAGGCUAUUAUAAUUCGUGGUGUUUCGGGUUUUUUGAAUUUUGGAUUAUGAUGAAUUAUGGAUUGCCCGCGGCUAUUUUCUCGCAUGGUCUAUAUGAUUUUAUCAUUUUCUCGAUGUAUUAUGCACAUGGUGUUCUUGUUCGACGACGUAAAUAUAAUUAUAAUCUCCAUUAUUACACUCAAGCAACAUCGACAUCGCUUUCCAGGCUCAAAGAGAGUGUCUGAAUUAGAAAUAAUACUCAUUUCACUGAAUCGGAUUUAUCCGUUUUAGAAAGACUUUACAACAAGAUGUAAGACUGAGCUGUAGAUUCUUGAAGAAAAUAUCUUUGUUGGACAACACUUUCCGAAUAACAAAUAAAGCAGCGAAUUUGAACUUCAUUUCUUUUCUGUACGUUUUUAGACCCUUAAAGGUACAAUUGUUCAUCCACCAUUUCCACUAGGAUAUCAACGAACAACAUAUGAACAAGUAGUCGACGUUGUUAAAAGAUUAAAUAGUCCGAUGCGAUAUAAACAUUCACAUACACCAUCACAAUUACCAUCGAAAAAGUAUUUAUCUGUGGACGAAACAGACAUCCUAAUCAAUCAUUUAACAAAAGUUAAAUCAAUUCGUAGUGAUGAAUAUUAUUCAAAAGAAUUUAGAAAACUUGAUAAAGACAAUGAUGGAAAUAUUACUGUUAAUGAAUUCAGAAAAUGUUAUUUACCAAUGCAGGAAAUGUUAGGCAUGAGUCCAGUGUUGGCCGGAAGAGAAAUUCAAGCAUUAUUGUCAAGACUCGAUGUGGAUAGAAAUGCAACAAUCAGUUUUGAUGUUUUAAAAAUUAUCAAUUGGGCCUGUGGUAUAUGGUAUCGGAAUAUACAAUGCUCAGUACAAACAAGUCUAAAUGUGCUCAAUGUAGCCCAAAAUCAUCCAUCACUUGCACCAUCGUGUCAUGCUGUUCAACAACAUAGAAAUGAUUUAAAUCAAGCGGCGAAGCUAGCAGUUAAUGAUGGAGUUAUUAAACUUUCUCAUAUACAACAUGCUCAACAACAACAGCCUUACAAUUACGAUUCUAAUGGUUUUCUCUAG